AUGUCAGGUAUUUCCGAUAUUCCAGACAGAGAAUUCUGGGAAAUACUGAAAUGGCUUAAUGUCGUUGAUCCUGCCUCUAACUAUUCAUCUGCGCUUGCGGUUCGUGAACCUGGUACGGGGAGCUGGCUGCUCGAGGGAGAUGAGUACAAGGACUGGAAGGGUGACCGAGGGGGGGUUCUCUGGCUUUAUGGAAUACGUAAGUGAGCAGAUCAGUGAAAUCUUUUGUUUGAAGAAUAUCACUAAAAUUUGCAACGCGUAGCGGGAUGCGGCAAGAGUGUCCUAAGGUCCGACCUUCACUGGAAAUCUGAAGGAGCGAUAUUAUUUCCAGAAUGCUAACUCUCUCUUUAGUGCUACCGCCGUUGAAGAUGUCAAAAAUCUGUGCGAUACGAACGAUGAUUACGGGUUAGCUUAUUUCUACUUCACCUUCAGCGACUCCGAAAAGCAGAAAUUGGACAACAUGCUUCUAUCCCUUAUUGGCCAACUUCCAAAACGGCCUUCUGAUCGAGGUCUGCCAGCUGCCGUUGUAGAUCUCUAUAAUAGCACCAAGGCAAUAGGAAAGUCGGCGGAUACCCGCGCUCUGAAGAAUCUAUUGUCACAGAUUAUGUACGGUUUUAAGAAGACCUUUAUAAUUCUCGAUGCCUUGGACGAAUUUCCCAAAGGCACACGGGAUAAUCUCCUAUCUUGGAUCAGUGAGCUUACGGUUGACCAUAAGGCUGGAUCACUUUCUAUGCUCGUCACCAGCCGUCCCGAGGCCGAUAUAGCAGCAUCGCUGGAACCGCUCACGGCAUUUUCAAUCUCGCUACAAUCGAAAACUAUCGACCCGGAUAUCCGAACUUAUGUCCAGAAAUCUCUAGCUGGCAAGGGUGGCUUCAAGAGGUUUACCGAAGAAAUUAAGGAUGAGAUAGAGGACACACUAGUUACUCGUUCGCAAGGAAUGUAUGUUUUACUCGACUAUUGAGAUUUUAAUUUACGCUGAUACGAGGGUGGGAAUGUGAAGGUUCCGAUGGGUGGAUUGUCUUUUGCGAAUUCUAGAAACAUGUUUGGCACCGGAUGAUGCAAGAGCCGCGUUGAAGAAGUUGCCAAAAGAUUUGGAUUCCGUCUAUGCGAGGAUCCUGGAAGACAUCGAUGAGAUGCAGAGGAUAUACAUUCAGCGAGCGAUGAAUUGGUUGGCAUUCUCGGCAGAACCCUUGACCUUAGGCCAGCUUGCGGAGGCCGCCGUGAUCGAAUACGAUGUCGAAAAAUAUGGCGAGAAUCCUGAGACUCGGACUCUUUUUGAUACGGGUUGCCUUAUCAGCAUUUGUCCUAGCCUGAUUUCCUUCGAGGAUGCCAGGGACAAUGAAUCAGCCCCACGGGAACAGCGCCGAUUACGACUGGCACAUUUCUCGGUAAAGGAAUAUUUGAUAUCGGACCGGGCAUCUCAGGGCCCCAGCGCCUACUAUCGUAUUUCCGAGGAUGAAGCCAAUUUACGGAUGGGGCAUGCGUGCCUCAGUCGAAUACUACGACGUAGUGCACAAGGCACUACAGACAGGGAGGGGGUUGGCCCAACGUCAUUUCUCUACUACAGCGCUCGCUAUUGGUUUGUGUAUGCCAAAUCUAUUGAGGAUACGGCACCCACACCACUCUGCGACGCGGCGGUGAAGGUUCUCGAGCUUGGAACGGGGUGGUUAGAUGUAUAUGACCCUGAUGAUCCUGACCGAUAUGAACCCCCGGGUUCCGACGUUUACCCACCAGCUAUCUACUAUUCCUCCUUGUUAAAUUUAGUGAUAGUCUGUAAAUUACUAGUCGGUAGAAAGGAGGAUACGGUGAAUGUGAAUGCUCCGGGUGGCAGUUAUGGCAAUGCACUACAAGCCGCUGCAUGCAGGAAAAACGUAUCGAUUGUGCGGCUUCUCCUCGAGCGUGGGGCGGAG